CUUAGGUUUUGAACCUGAGCGACCGCGCGCAGGGCUAAAGAAUUAGCUAAACAUUUUACGAUUUAUUGCUUACUUGUCUACAGAAGUAAUACAUUUUGACUAAAAUAUAUUUUCUUUUUGCUCUUUCAGCUGUGCGAUUUGUUCCAAAGAUAGGAUGGAUCUCCAAAAAAUAAUCCACGACGCGCUGUACGACUUCAUUUUGUCAUAUAUUCCUCACGCGGAUCUGAGUACGCUAGAUGACGUGAUUUUGUCCUAUAUCACUGGGGUGCUAGAAGAUUUGGGAUCUCAAGAAAAUGAGGAGGAAAACUUUGAUGUCGAUGUCUUUGUUGAAAUGUUGGAGGCCUACAUUCCUGGUUUCUCAGAUAUUGACAGUGUCAAAGUUUGUGAGAUGAUGUUUAAUCUGGCAUCAAAAUUGGCCUCAGCCCGGGAAUCAGAAUCUGGAGAGAUAAAAUUAGAGGAAGGUAAAUUUCCUCUCUCAGAAAGUUCUGUUUUAACCCACGGAGUUUCAAGGGAGAAGACACACAACCUCACAUUACAAGCAGAGGGAGCCACAGCUCAGGUUAGUGAAUCUUCGUGGGAUAACCAGGAGCAGCAUCUUCUCGAGAUGUUUCCCAAAUGCAGUGUGACUGAGGCCCGAAGUGCAUUGUCUAUUGCUAAAGGAGACAUGGAGGAAGCUGUUCGUCUCAUUAUUGAGGGAGAUGUCCAGCUUGCAUGCCCAACGUCUCUCCACGCUAACCAAGGGAAGACCAUUUCUGCUGAAGUUGAUCAGAAACUGAAAGCAAGCAUUUUAGAAAAGUACAUGCUGGUUGAUAGUGAAGAAGACAAAAAAGUACACAGACCAGUCACUCCAAAAGAUGCUCCCAAGAAACUAGUGCGCUAUCAUGGCAGUCAGGUGGUCACUACAAAGGGAGAGCGCUACCAUCUAGUCAAGAAAGAAGAACCAGACGACAUGAAGAAGACUUAUGUUAGUCUCAAACCAGCACGCAAAUAUCGCUUUCAUUGAUGAAAGGCAUCUUGUUGAUGGACCAUUCAGAGUCAACCCCUCUUGAUUUUGAUAUUUUUGUCUGGUUAUCUGUGACUGGAAACAGCUGAUUUAGUUUUGUGUGUCCACUUAGAUAUAUGGUGCUGGAGAUUUGGUUUCUUGGGAGUUUUAUGGGUUUUGAUGUUUCAAUUGUUUGCUGUUCUGUGAAAACUCCCAGCAGGUCUCUUUUUUCGAGCCCUUUUAAGUUACUGUAUUUAUUUUUUAACUACUUUUUACUAAAACAUUAUGCUAUUCCUAAAAACAUGAAGGUGUUAACGUUUGACUGUUUUUUUAAGCCAACCCCUAUUUUACACAUAAUUUAAUUGAAAGUCUUUGAAAUGUUCAGCUAAGUGGUUGUUUUGUUAUAAAAUCAGCCAGUUUAGCUCAUUUUCAGUGGCAGGAACAUCAGUCUUUGUAUUUUGCACUGUUUAGUUAAAACGCAGAAAUAAAAAGACUCCAUAUAUGUUCCUUAGACUUAAUAAUAGAAGGGUCUGUGUGACAUUUGAUUUUUUUGGGUAACACUUUACAACAAGGUCCCAUUUGUUAAUAUUAGUUAAUGUAUUAACCAAUA